AUGCACGCUAUGGAUGCACCAGGGGACAGUGAUUCUCCGAAGGCAGGUGUUCACGACAAUUUCUGUGGAUGGAAAACAGAAACAAAGCUCAUGAGCCAGAGUCCAGUAAGCAAGGUUGUACAUCACCAAUGCUUACAUAUGAAUCAAUCAAAUUCAUAUGGUGAGGCAACUUUUCUGGCGUUGCAAACUUUCAUCAUUACAUGGUUGGCGAUAACCUGGAAGUCGCAACCUCUGGGUGUGGCAUUCUCUGCUGUGUACGUUGCUGGCUUGGCAGUCACCUUCUCCCCAGUGAUGCCGCUGUCUGUCCUUUAUACCCUGCAAACACUUAACGUCCCAAUCAUGUUGGUAUCAAAAAUCCUUCAAAUUGCUGCUAACUGGCGCAAUGGUAGCACUGGUCAGCUUUCGGCGAUCACUCUCUGUUUGUUUGCAUUGGGUUCUACCGCACGCAUCUUCACGUCACUCGAAGAAACUGGUGAUAAUCUUAUCAUUCUCACCUACAUAUUAUCCACUCUGUGCAACUACAUCCUAAUGGGCCAGGUAUUCUACUACUGGAACUCGAGUGCCCCAUCCGCCAAGAAAACAUCUAAGAACUCAUCCGCAAGCAUGAGGUUCGGGUUCGAGCCCACCCAGUCUUGCAGUAGCACUUUACACUCUUCAGAUGUGGAGCGUAUGCCAAACAGUAAGGCGGAGUUAUGUAGAUUAUUUAAUAUUGUUUGCAGUACCACGUUGUCAGAUCCCAGAACAGCUAUAUUGUCUGUGUACUCGAUAUCUGUGAGCGGACGCCCCGGAAGCACUUCUACUCCAUAG